GUCAGUUCAACGCGUUGAAAACAGCUGCUUUUGUUAUCGUUCGAGGCAUGGUCUCGCCGAGCGUGUCCAGUACCGAGUAUUUCCAAGAAAAAAACAAUUGUUUGCUUGGACCUAACCUCACAAGACAUUCGUCAUGCUGACGAAAUUCCUCGGGAACUUAAUUAUUGUCAAUUAACAAUUGACAUUUUCAACGAGAAUUUAAUUAUCUCCAAUUAAUUAAUGAUAAUUCAUUGAAUUCGAUGAUUUUGUGAUCGAAUCAACGAUCAUGAUGAGACGUGCGAGAAUCAAAGUGACGGCUUCAGUCCCUUUACGACGAAAAGUCAUCAAAGUAGAGGAGCCUGAGGUGAUUUCCAGGGAUCCUGAUGGGAUCGAAGAGGAAUUGACUCCAGAGGUGCCUCGGGAUGAGUUGAAACCAGAGAUUUUGGUCGAGGAAAUAAAAGUGGGAGGGGCUGGGGGGACAAUUUCUGGAGGGGCGAAAGCUCCUGUUGAGGAUGGGAGCCCUCAUCUUCAAGAGAAGGCACCAGAGGUGGAGAGGGAUGAGGGUGAGAAGGUCCCCCUUGGAGCUGGGGCAGAGGGACAGAAACCUGGGGAGACUGGGAAGACAGCUUCUGUUGUUGAGGGUUUCCCCAGGAGAGCGAGACUGUUCUCGGAGUCGUCAGACAAGGGUCAUCUCUCGGGGAGUGAAGCAGCAUCUCCAAUAAAAGUCCUCCCCAACCGUUCAUUCACCCGUCCUACCCCACGUCUCGACGGUUCCACUCGGAUCCGCCGUAACAGCAUCCAAGGCUCUGGGGCUAGUGCCAGCGAGUCCGAGGACGACUCUCGGCGUCACCCUCCUCCCCCUCACCCGCCACCGUCUUCUCACCCGUCCCAGCCCUCACAGAACUCGUCCCACCCUCCUCCCCCUGCUCAGAACCCCAGUCAAAGCCAAACCCAGAACCCCAAGCAAAAGCGAAAGGUCCUCAUCUCGGAAUCCGCUAGGAAGCUGGCGGAGUCUCGUCGUGAGUUCUUCCUGAGGCACGAGCACAAGCAGCCGGACAGAACAAAGCUGACGAUGUACGAUUUGAUUUACUACAACCCCGCGACGAACCCCAUGAAGAAGACGGCGACUUCUCUAGUUCAAGAUGAACCAGAAGAGGUGACAGAACCCGAAGAAGAGGAGGACGACUCUGCAAUGCCAGUCCCCCAGCUGAAGGUGGGUCCCAACGGUGAGCUCGUGGUGGACGAGCAGUCCCUGGUAAUCGAAAACACAGCCCUGAAGAGAGACCGCGAGGCAGUCUCCAAGCGUCGAGUCCUAGUCGACGAGGAGGGUGCGAUCGGUGGUUUCUACAAGAAGCGAGUGAAGAGCAGAGAUUGGACGCACGUCGAGACCCUCAAGUUCUACAAGGCCCUGAACACAGUGGGAACCGACUUCUCCCUCAUGCAGACUGUCUUCCCGAGCCGAACUCGCCACGAGUUGAAGAUGAAAUACAAGAAGGAGGAGAAGUUGAACAGAGCCCUUGUGGAGAAGGCGCUGGUCUACCACCAGGAGUACGACAUCGAGACGCUGAGGAAGGAGCUCGAGAGCUUCGAGAAUGUCGAGGAGAAGAGCAAGAAGACGAGAAAGUCGACUGACAGCUAUAGAAAGAGAAUUGCGAAGAAGAGGAAUGUCGCCACUAGUGUGAACAUGCUGAGUGAGGACGAGGAUGACCCUGGGGACGUUGGGGACGAGCCUGAGGAGACGUCGAAGGACCAGGAAACUGAGGAUCGUGAGGGGGAGGGUGUGUCCAGGGUGAAGCGAAAGAGGCCCAGGGGGAAGAAGACGGUUGAGCCUGAUCCCUCGGAGGAUUCACUCAGUGAAGAUGACUUUGAGGUUUACAAGGUGAAGCCCACGAGGUCUGGACGACUUCCCAAGAGGAAGAGGCCGGUGUUCAAUGCCACGAAUGUUCUCGACGAUAUCUUCGAUGAGGGGGGGGAGCAAGCUGGCGAGGAUGAGGGGGAGGAGGAGGCCAGGGGGGUGGAGCUGGGGGAACCUGUGGAGGGGUUGCAGGACGUGGAGCCGGGCUCGCUGGUGAUUGUCUCCAAGGAGUCACCCGAUGAACCUGGGAAGACCAUUGUCCAGGUGUACAUGGUGGGGAAGGACCUGAAUGGGGGAGAGGAGAAAAUGACACCUGUGGACCUCAGCUCGGAAUUACUCUCCACUGUUACCAGUGGACUCAACAGUCAUGGCGUGUCGCCGAUUAAAUUUACGUUGAAGUAGGGGGACGGGGAAGUGGUGGGGUUUCUGGGGGAAGAGUCGUUAAUUAAUUGGUGAUAAAACUUAAAAAUUGAGUUUUUUUUUAUUUUCUGGGAAAACGAACACCUGAAAUUUAUGGUUGGAACCAUGUACUCUUAUCCUGAUUCAAUAAGUCAGUAGCGAGGUGGUAAACUGGUAUAAGUCAAUUUUUACUAUUGGCCAGUUUUCAUUAAAUAUCCGGGAAUCUAAGGGAGAUGGCAAAAUUU